GCUCGCAAGGUUGAAGAAUUUAUGUCUUAGAGAAUCUAUAAGCCAGAAGCUUGAGCAGCCAGCUAUGGUGGGUAUACCAGGUCGAUCAAAGGGAUGUAGGACAUGCAGACGACGCAAGAUCGGGUGCGACCUGCAGGAACCGCAAUGCGGCCAAUGCAGCAAAAGCGGCCGCCACUGCGAGGGCUUCAGAAAGGAAAUUGCCUUCAUCCAUCGCACGCCUCAGGGGCUCCUUCGCAAAGGCCAAGAGCGGCCCCCGGGGCCUGCUCCCUGGGAAGAUGGGGCUCGAUGCGGGGCGAGUUCGACGUCCAUGACGCAUAUGCCCCCGCAGCUCAACAACGCUGCGAUCUAUCUCGAUGGCAUGCUCCAUACAUUCCUAGUCGCUUUUCUACCCUCUUCAUCUAUUCUACCACUCACCCAUCACACUAAUAUCACCGCUCCUGCCGCACCAUGGAUGCGGAUCGCCGUUGCUCUCCCCAGGCGCGGCCCCCUCCUCUCUAUGGCCCUUCAUGCUCUUUGCAUGACCAAAGUAGCGCGAGCCCAGGGCGACCAAGCAUUACUCAUGCAAGGCAUGGCCGUACAUGAACGGGCUCUGCGAGCGUUGCAAAAUGCGAUCUACAACAAAAGUACAGCGCUUGCAGACGAAACGCUGGCCGCGAUACGGGUGUUAGGGACGUAUGAGCUGCAUGAGGGCACGAUGGGAAGUGUGGUCGGCUGGACGAGUCAUGAGACAGGUGUGGACCAGUUGGUGCAGCUGAGAGGGUUCAGCUGCAGUCAGUAUGAGAGCGAGUUGGGCCAAGCCCUAUUUGCGGAAGCCAGGAGGAGCGCGAUGAUCCGUGGCCUUCAAUUCUAUAAGGCCACCUUCUUUGGCGAAAAGCGCUGGUGCAUCGAGCCCUGGGGGGCUAGACCAAAAGACUACAUCCAGCAACUGUACGAUAUUGGGCUGCUUCUGCCACCCAUCCUUGAAGAGCUUCACACAAUACAAGGCCUGCCCGAUGACCCACGCCGGGCACAGAUCUGGCAAAGAUGCCAGCACCUCGACGACCGCUUCAACGCCUGGCAUGCACGCCUCCUAACCCUUUUCGGUACCAUCCCAUACUGGGAGGAGCCGGCCGAGCUGGGGGCCCGCUCCGCCGACAUACUUCCAGGCCCCUUCGCGACCUCGUUUCACUUCCUCCACAUACACGUCGCCGACGGUCUAGGUUUCUUCUGGGCCCUGCGCCUCCUCUUGCACAACGUCAUGCGAGGCCUCUCGAAUUCCCAGGGCGCUGCGACUGAAGAGCACAAUGCGGUCAUUGCGGACUAUGCUUGCAAUAUCGCCAGGUCGGUCCUGUAUUUCACGCAGCCGGAGAUCGGGUAUUUGGGCGUGCAGUGGCUGAUCUUUCCGUUGAAGACGGCCUUGACGGCGUUUCGGCAGAUGGGAUGGGAGACUGAAUGGCAGUGGAGUAAAGGGGUGCUAGUAGCCAUGAAGAAUAGGGGAAUCAGCUACGGAGGUGAUAUUGUCGACGCUCAAUGGGGGGAGCGGAUUCAAUAA